AUGGCGUCCGACGCUCGACUCAAUGCAUAUCGUCUCCUUGCCAUUACCACCGCUUUUGCUUCGAUCUUUACGUUGAUGUCCGGAUGCAUCAGCUUAUCUCUACUCCUUGCUUUCGUUGAUCGUGUCCAAGAUAUUGUGGAAGUUGAAAUGACGGAUUGUAAGAUAGCCAUGAAGAAACUUUCCGUCGAUACACAAUUCAGGACUAAGUUGCUAAAUCGCACACCUCGAUACUCUGAUGACAGCUCUGCGGAGUCAACAAAAUGCGGCAACUGCUGUGUGCCUGGACCACAAGGGCCGCCCGGUGCGCCCGGACGGCCAGGAAGACCUGGAAAGCCUGGAGCCAAUGGCGUCAAUGGUGAUCCUGGUCGUGUGCUCAUGGCUCCAUUUCUCUACGUAACCUCAGACUUUUGCCAAAAGUGCAGCUCUGGACCACCUGGUGAGAAAGGUCCUCCAGGCCCUAAGGGUAAUUCUGGACCACCCGGAAGACGUGGAAGGCGAGGGGACCGUGGUAGUCCUGGACCACGAGGUAUUAAGGGUGUGUCUGGAAUCCCGGGUGGAAGAGGUGGAAACGGCACAAAAGGAUUACCUGGCAUGUCCUGCGACAACGAAGUGCGUUCUGGGCCUCCUGGUCCGAUGGGAUUGCCUGGACCGCAAGGCCAAAAGGGGCUCCCUGGAGAUCCUGGUUUAGAUGGGAAUAUCGGUGAUGCUGGCUCCAAGGGUCCUCCUGGGAGAGAUGGGACGCCUGGUCAACCUGGCAGACCAGGUCCUUUAGGACAGCCGGGAAAGAAGGGACUGGCAGGCGAGAAGGGUAUUUGUCCAAAAUACUGUGCAUUAGACGGUGGAGUGUUUUUCGAAGAUGGUGAACUCCGACAGUGA